AUGCAGGCUUGGGAGGGAGGUGACAGGGAUGCGGCGACCAAGCUGAUCAGCGCCCAAGUACCAACAGAGCAGACAAGAAUCACCCAGAAGCAACAGAAAGGGAGGCAGGCUCGCCCCAUGUCAUCCCCAUUCGCAGCGGCCGCGCAGCAGGAGUACCCCCAGGACGGCUGGGGCGUCAGGUGGAACGAAGAGCUGAAACGAUGGGAGGCCCAAGCAGGGCCGGGGGCUGCGGCCGCGCUCGAUGAGCCGCCGGCAGAGGCCGAAGAAGAGGAGGCUGAUCACUUGGACCGUGUCGGCUCGGGCGACGCGGCCGGCAGCGCCUGCAGCGACCCGGCCAACCCGCGGCCGUCGCGGCGCCGCGCGGUGCCAUCCCGGCGCUACUCGCCAAGCGCAGCGCAGCAGCUGCAGGACGAGACGCGCGGGCGGCCGGGCGGGCCGUCGAAAUACCGCGGCGUGAUCUGGCACAAGUCCAACUCCAAGUGGGAGGCGCGCAUCUACGACAACGGCAAGCAGCGCUUCCUGGGCUACUUCACCUCGGAAGAGGAGGCAGCGCGUGUCUACGACGAGGCAGCCAUGCGCAUUGGCGGCCGCGGCGCGCGCACAAACUUCCCGGCUGGGGAAUGCCUCAGCCGCUCUAGUUCGGCGCCCGCGGAGCUGCUGGACAUGGGGGGCACCUCAGAGGGGCCGACCGCGGCUGCGCCGCCUGCCGCGCUGCCGCCCAAGGGCGGUCGACUGCGCAAGAAGGCGAGCAGCUCCGGCACCGGCGGCCUCAAGGGCUCCUCCAAGUAUCGCGGCGUGUGGAAGGGUAACGACGUGCGCCACCUGGGCUACUUCGAGGAUGAGGUGGCGGCCGCACGCGCGUACGACCGCGCGGUGCUGGAGAUUCGCGGCGCGCACGCGCCGACCAACUUCGGUCCAGAGGAUUACGGCGUGGCCGUCCCCGGCCCCGCCGCGGCCGCCACCGACACCGCCGAGGUCGAUUCACCCUUUCUGGGGGUCAGCUGGGACGCCGCGGCCGGCAGCUGGAAGGCCGAGCUGUGGGACGGCCGCGAGUACGCGCUGCUGGGGCACUUUGACAGCGAGGAGGCCGCUGCGCGCGCGUAUGAUCGCGCAUGCCUGGCGCAGCACCGCGAGGCUGCCAACACAAACUACCCGCCGGGGGACUAUGAGGAGGAGAUGGCGGCUGCCGCACUGAUCUCCGCCGUGCAGCGGAUGUCAGACGAUGAGGAGGAGGCGUCUGACCUGGAGAUGUCCGCCCUGGAAGCGCUGGCGUCCAUCUCCAACGAGGCAGAGGUGGACUGUGAGGGCGACGACGCCGCCUGCACCUCGGGCCGCGGCCAGGGCGGCCUGCAGCGGGGGGACCAGUAUAUGGAGGAGUCCCCUCCCCCGGAGCUGCGGCGGCGCGACAGCGGUCCACCGUUUGAGCGGGAGGCGCCCCCCUCUGCGCGCCUGCGCCGCGCCAUGUCGGACCCUAUCGAGCGCAUCGGCUCCCUUUCCCGGCGCCGCUCCGCCCGUCUGUCCGACGCAGAUGCAGCCACCGCCGCGGCCGCGCUUGCAGGGCUGUUUACCAAGCCGGCAUCCUCAGAGGAGCCGGCACCGGUGGUGUCGGCCGCGGCUACGAACAGCCGGGGGGCGCGCAGCGUGCGCAGCGGGGGCAGCGCGGACGCGCCCAAGUCCUCGGCCUACAAGGGCGUGUCUUGGCACAAGCACAGCCAGAAGUGGUACGCAUAUAUCCAGGCCGCCGGCAAGAUGCGCGGCCUGGGCUACUUUGACCUCCAGGAGGACGCCGCGCGCGCCUACGACGCCGAGGCCCGCAAGGUGCAUGGCAAGAAGGCGGUGGUGAACUUCCGUAUGUACCCAGACGAUGUGGUGCGCGAGCCCAAGAACAGGGGCGUCAGCAGCGGCAGUGCCGACACUAGCGGUCCCUCCCUCGAAGCACUGCCGAGCGCCAGCAUCUCGAUCGGAGAGGACAAGCCGUCGGCCAGGCCGGCGUCGGGGCCGAGGUCGCGCGGCGGCCGCUCCGAGAGGCUUUGCGGCAAAAGGGAUCGUGCGGGCAGCCCCACCUCGGAGGAGGUCUCCAGAGGGACCCCCCGCGUCGGGGGGCCCCGCAGCUCCAAGUUCCGCGGCGUCAGCUGGCACAAGCACCGGCGCAUGUGGCAGGUGUACAUCCAUGUGCAGUCGCAGGCGCGCAACAGCUACCACAUGGGCUACUUCGCAGAAGAGAUUGACGCCGCCAAGGCUUACGACAGGGAAAUCCUGAAGGUUCGUGGCAAGGAUGCAGUGACCAACUUCCCCGACAGCGAGAUGAGCGGAGAUGCGGAGUUGAAGUCUCUGGAGCACGUGGCGGCCGCUGCUGGCGAUGGGCACAUGUUGGGAGAGGAUGACCAGGCUGGCAGCCCCACAUCGGCGCAGCCUCUCACCAUCACCUACAAUCCAGCCUCCGCUGACCAGGGGGCACCAGAGGAUGGAGAGGCGUCUCCAACAUGCUCCGCCUUCUCCCUGGGCAGUCUGCCGCUGCGCAAGCGCAGCCGCAAGCCAAAGCAUGUGCACAGCACCGCUGAAACUCGCUCACCCAGCCCCCCAAGACACCCCAAGCCGCCCAGACAUGAUGCUGCGGAGGCGAAGCGGCGGCAGGGGACGCCGCUGGCCGAGGAGGGCGGCAUGCAGCUGCGCAACGGCGAGGCCGGCCGGGGCCGGCGGGUGGGCAGCCCGCAGAAGGAGCCCUGGGCAGCCCCGAGCACCAGCGGGGGAGUCAACGCCGUCGGAGAGGCCGGGGGCGAUGUGCGUGCGUCGUUCAGGGGCGUCACGCGGCUGGAGCGCGAGCGCAAGUGGGUCGCGCGCGUUUGGAACGGCCAGAAGCAGCUCACUCUCGGCCGCUUCGACACCGACGCAUAUGAUCGAGAGAUGCUGCGCAUGAAGGGCCGCGCUGCCGUCACCAAUUUCCCCGCCGACAUGUACGGCCCACUUGUCCAAGAGGUGAGCCGCUCGGCAGUGCUGGUGGUGGCUUGCAUCCUCAGGGCAACCAGCAACAUCCUGCUGCAGAGUGAUGUGCCGUCUCCGAGGAGGCCUGUGGCCAAGAGUAGCCCUGCUGGAAGCUUCGCCCUCACAACCAUCAGGCCCGCCAGCGCAGCCACCGUGGGCAACGGAGAUGCCGCCCCAGGAGGGUCGCAGAUGGCGCUGCCAGGCAGCAAGUCCACGUCACAGUACAGGGGCGUCACAUGGAACAGCAUCAUCAGCAAAUGGGUGGCGGUCGCAUGGGACCGGGAUGCCAAGAAGGCUCGGGCAAUCGGCUUCUUUGACACAGAAGAGCAGGCAGCGCAUGCCUACGAUGUGGAAAUCCUGGCAUACAAUGGCCCGGCAGCGACGCUGAAUUUCCCCCAGUCCAAGCAGAUCGCUGCAAUGAUGAACAAGGCCCCGGACGCGCGGCCAACGUCGGCCGGGAGCGCUGUCUCCUCCACUGACGUGGUGCUGGACCUGCUCGCAUCGAUGACCCCCCAGUCCACCUCGCAGACCCCUGGGCAGCCGCCUGUGCGCCAGGCGGCGGGCAUGGACCAGCUGGCAUCAUUCCUGCGCUCGGGCGCGCCGGUGCCGCCGGAGUUUGCGCAGGCGUUGCAGAUGAUGUCGCGCGGCCAGCAGCCGGCCUCGCAGCCGUCACGAUCCCCCCUGCAGGCCCCUUCCCCCACCUCUUCCCCCAGUCACGCCACCGCCGGCGCCCCCCGCACAGCUGACAGCACCAGGGCGGAGAGUGUGCCUCCCGGGAACGGGGCACUGCCCGCGAACGCAGACGCAGAGGAGACACCUUCGCCAGUGCCCAGCCCGCUGCAGAGGCAUGUGGCAGCAAACCUGGCUGCGUCAGUGGCCGCCAGCCCCCGCAGCGGCAGUGCAGGCGAUGGCGCUCCCUCCAUGGAGAGAGGCCAGCGAGUGGCCGCAAGGGGGGCGAACACGAGCCGCUUCCGCGGGGUGUCGCUGAACAAGGCGAGCGGCAAGUUUGAGGCGCGCAUCCGCGAGGCCGGCAAGAACCACUACCUGGGCUCCUUCAGCGACGAGGAGGAGGCAGCGCGUGCAUUCGACGCCGCCGCACUCGCAAUGCGCGGCCGCAACGCCGUCUGCAACUUCCUGCUCGACGACGGGCCCGGCGCUGCGGCGCAGGGUGCUUCACCGAGGCACACGCGGCAGGUGACGGUGAGGACUUCGCCGACGGCUGCGCCGGCUGCGGCGGCGUUCCCGGGCCCGCCGAGGUCGGACGGCCCCGCGCCAAACCAGGCGCCACAGAUGCGCGCUGCGCCUCAGGGCCAGGGAGUGCGGGAGGCAGAGCUCAGCAGAGAUGACAUCGUCGCAGGGGCCCGCGAAUCUGCCAGACUUCAUGCGCCCCAUGGCGAGGAGGCCAUCAAGAGCGAUCAGCUUGGCAGCCUUGCUGAGGCAGCGGUGGCGCAGGAGAGGGCUGCGGGCGCCUCUCCCUGUGCGGCCGCCGCUGGCGACACCUGGCCCGGACUCGCACCUCCGGCAGGCGGCAGGGUGGUGGGGUCGACGGUGGCGGCUUUGCGGGGCCGAGUGCAGCAGAUGGGCGGCGCGGAUGCGCGCGCGCACUGGCCGGGCCCGGGACGUCGCAGCAGCCAGUACAAGGGCGUGUCCUGGUCCGAGGCCUCCGCUAAAUGGCGCGCCCAGUGCUGGGACGGCAGCAAGGUGAAGUACAUCGGCUACUUUGACGGCGAAGAGGAGGCGGCCAGGGCGUACGACACUGCCAUGCUGGCCCUGCGGGGCAACUCCGCGCAGACCAACUUCGCGGCUGCCGAGUACACCGGCGAAGCCAUUGCCAAGGCCGAGGAUGCUGUGUGGGGCCAGCGCCAGCACCGAGCGAAGAGCGAGGAGCCGACAGGUGUGGAGGGCAUCAAGGUGGAGCUGGCUGCGCGCGUGCGCGUUCCCUCCCGCCGGGUGACCAGCCCCACCAACGCGGCUGCGCACAGCGGCCGCGCUGCGCCCCCCAGCUUUGCAUACCACCAGGGGACCUCCCAGUACAAGGGCGUCUCCUGGUCCGAGCGCUCCAAGAAGUGGCGCGCGCAGCUCUGGCACGAAAACAAGGUGAACCACCUGGGCUUCUGGGAGCUGGAGGAGGAUGCGGCGCGCGCGUACGACGCGGCUGUGUCCCAGCUGCGCGGCGCGGGGGCGGCCGUCAAUUUCCCGGCGCCCGGGACGGUGCGGCCGCUGGUCAGCAGCCGCACAAUUACCACCUGCCCGGCGGGGGGACCCUCCACCACCGUCGUCGUUGAAGCCAUCCCCCGCAUCAACGUCAACGCCAAGGGGUCGUCCAAGUACAGGGGCGUGCGCUGGCACGAGCGCAACGGCAGAUGGGAGGCGCGCAUCUUCGACAACAGCACAGGGAAGCAGAUCAGCCUGGGCUACUACGAGGCCGAGGAGGAGGCCGCACGCGCGUACGAUGCCGAGUCCAUCCGCAUCCGCGGCAUCCACGCCCACGUCAACCUGCGGGCGCCCUCUGCCGCCCGGCCACGCCGCACGCGCCGCCGCGCUGCCUCCAAAGCCGUGUCAUCUGAGGAGGACGACGAGGCAUCGUGGCCGGUCAAGCGGCCGCGCGGAUUCAACCCGGCCAUCGCACGGCGUGACCUGCAGUCCAUGGCGGCCGCAGCAGCCGCCAUCGCAAGCGCGCGGCCACCCGAACCCGGCGCCUCCAAAGCACCCCGCACCUCCUGCUACAGGGGCGUUGUCUGGGACCCAGACACACAGUACUGGGCGGUGCGUCUGGCCACGAGGGGCGGCGAGCGGCGGCAGUUUGGCAUGUUUGACACUGAGAUCGAGGCCGCAAUUGCGUACGACGCGGCAGUCCUGGAGCUCUUUGGUUCGCGCACGCCCACCAACUUCGACUCCGAAUACGGUCCGGCGGGCUCACCGUUGGUGCCGGUGCCCAAGCGGCCGCGAACGGAGUCGUCGGCGGUGGCGCGCGCGAACGCAGCCCUCUUCCUACUCGACACAGCCGUCAUGUCGCCCUCCCUCAUGGGGCCCCUGGCCGGCAACCUGCAGCACCAGGCGCAGUCAGCUGCCAAUCUUGGCGCGGAGAUCCGGCGCGCCGUGCAGGCGCGGCUCGGCUUGCCGGAGCCGGCCGCUGACUCAGCACUUACAAGGCAGCUGCCCGGCGGAUUCGCCCCGCACCCCCAGGGAUCCAGCCCCGACAAACAGAGCUUCCUCAGGGGUGCAGGAGCAGCGGCAGGGUCACAGAGGCAGGAUGAGAACAGCGGUGUGGAUGUCCCCGUGCGCUAUGGUGUCUUGGCGGAUGCUGCGCAGCAGCGCAUUGCAGUGGGAACGCCGCCAAAGACAGGCUGGCAGCCGCCCGCCGGAUCCACCCAGCUGGGCUGGCCGCAGGGUGGGUCAGAUCCGCUGCAGCAGCCCCCGGCACUGUUUGCGGGCGCGGGACCUACUCACAGGUAUAUCGCAGGAAAGGGGCAAGACAUUGCAAGGGAGCUGCAGCUUCAGAGCGGGGCAAAGGGGCCGAAUGCAGGAGGCGGCGCGGCCGAUCUGCAUCUGCCGACCCCGCUGAAGCUGCCGUUGCUGCCUGCGGCGGCUGCGAGGGACCGACCAGACUCUGCCGGUAUCGCCACAAAUCACUGAGCCUCCAGGUGCUAAUUUCAAUGAACAUUUAGGCUGUGCUGUCAAGAAGGAGGCUCCCAAUGGGAAAUGGCAUGGCGUAGCUGUGUGGAAGGGGUGUAUGAGAUCAGCCUAUUAUUGAGGCUGGAGAGAGCACAAGGAGAUGCAGAAGUGUCAGUUGUGGGAACCGAUGAACGGACGAACAAGAUUCGAAGGAACUCAAGAGAGAAGUCCCUCUAUGAAACAAAUGCCAGGAAGCGUACAGGGGCUCAAUGAAGUCAAUUGCAAUGGCAUCUUAAUCAUAGUAAACCAUAGUAAUUAAGGAAUCGCACAAUGUGUCGCAGUGAGCGCCUCAGGCUCAGGAUGUUGUAUGCUUGCAGCUCCAUGAAUCCCUCUCUGCAGGGUAGACUAUUUCAUUUAAGGGAUACCAAGCACCAGCUUUGCUUCUGUGCAGCACUGCGAGUGGCAAAAGGAUUGCUGGCUUUUUGCUGAGCGCAGUAAUGUUUAGGCGCGUAAAUGUGCAAGAGAGAAAGUCUUACGUGUAGAUAUACCUGCUGGGAAUUUUGAUGAGGCCCAGGAGAAGCUUAAAAUUGUGCUAAAACAGAUGUGCAUCGUCUCAAGUAAGAAUGGGGAUG